GAGGGGAGUUGCUGUGAGAAGGACAAAAGCUCAGUCGUGUGGUCCACACUCUGUAUUCCCACUUCAUCAGUCGCAUACUCUUCCUUCCUUGUUCCAUUCGAACACUUCAAAGGGCCAAGGGUUCUUCGUCUUAUAAUUUAGUAACAAAUACAUCCAAGGAGGCCAGGACCCAGGUUAGAGAGACUUUUUGUUUUCUGGGUCUUGUUAUAAAGAGGGAAAACUGGUGGGAAUCUCCGUUGCAUUCACUUUUGAAGAGACCCAUGGAUUCUAUGCUUAUUGGGUCCUUUCCGCGACCUUGUUCCUCUUAUGUUUCCAGUGAUGACUGGAGAAUUGUCAAAUUCAAGCUGGGCCAUUCUCCAAGUUCCUAUGUUCCAGUCCAGAUUUCGAGGAAUGGAGCAGGAAGAUCUUAUACUGUGAGCUUCCAGCAGCAUCUUACAAAGCAUCAUGUUAGAGGUAUUCAGGAAGGAUGCACAUUCUACAAGAGAUGGAAUACAAAGUAUGUGGUGAAUGCGGCCUCUGGACAACCUCUUGAAUCUGAGCCUGGAGCUUCUAGUCCAAAGAGCACUUGGACACCUGUGAAAAAUGCCUUAGAUGCUUUCUACAGGUUUUCACGGCCUCACACAGUGAUAGGCACAGCAUUAAGCAUAAUCUCAGUUUCCCUCCUCGCAGUCGAGAGACUUUCAGACUUUUCUCCAUUAUUCUUUACUGGGGUCUUGGAGGCAGUGGUAGCUGCCCUCUUAAUGAAUAUUUACAUUGUUGGUUUAAAUCAGAUAUCUGACAUAGAGAUAGACAAGGUUAACAAGCCAUAUCUUCCAUUGGCAUCAGGGGAAUAUUCUGUUGGAACUGGUGUUGGAAUUGUCACAUCUUUUGCCUUUAUGAGUUUUUUGGUUGGAUGGAUUGUUGGUUCAUGGCCGCUAUUUUGGGCUCUUUUUGUUAGUUUUGUGCUUGGAACUGCAUAUUCCAUUGAUUUGCCACUCUUGAGAUGGAAGAGAUUUGCUCUGGUCGCAGCAAUGUGCAUCCUUGCUGUUCGGGCAGUGAUCGUUCAAAUUGCAUUUUAUAUGCACGUGCAGACUUUCGUGUAUGGAAGACCAGCAGUCUUUUCAAGGCCUCUGAUUUUUGCUACCGCAUUCAUGAGCUUCUUCUCAGUUGUUAUAGCCUUGUUUAAGGAUAUACCUGAUAUUGAAGGGGACAAGAUAUUCGGCAUCCGGUCGUUUAGUGUACGUUUGGGUCAGAAGCGGGUGUUUUGGAUUUGUAUUUUGCUACUUGAAAUGGCUUAUGGUGCUGCAGUUUCAGUUGGAGCAACAUCUUCCUGCCUUUGGAGCAAACUCGUCACGGUGUUGGGACACGCUGUUUUGGCUUCUAUUCUUUGGACCCGAGCCAAGUCUGUUGAUCUAAAGAGCAAGGCUGCAAUAACAUCCUUCUACAUGUUUAUAUGGCAGCUCUUUUACGCUGAGUAUUUUCUGAUCCCACUUGUCAGGUGAGUUUUCCGGGAAAAUUUGCAGAAGGGGGUCUGAUUGUUCAGAUGAUGUUCCUCUUGGAAGAAGUUACCAAAACUGUUUGGAAUGUUGUUGUUAUGGUAGAUAUUGUGGGUGAAAUUGGAAUUUUCAUCAGACUUAUAAAAUCGGCUACAAUCUGUGUAUUUUCUGACAAAUAUGUAUAUAUUUUCCGCACAAUAAAAAUCUUCAAACCUUUAAAUAAAA